AGUAAAACAAAAAAGUACAUCGUAAGAGGGCGUGUUAACCAAAUAGUAGCGGGUCUGGUAUGAAAGUGUUGUUGUUGUAGUAUUAACAAAUAUAGUUUGGAGGAUAAUAAAUUUCGGUGUUGUGUAUUUGUAGUGGAUAAUGAUCAUUUUUUAAAGUUCUGGGUUUACAUCUCGUAAGUUUUAGUUUACAACAACAUGGCAAGUGGAAGUUCAGCUCCUUUUCUCUUGGAGCAAGUCGAGGAGGAUGCAUCUGAACUGCAGUUUCCAAAGGAGUUUGAAAAUGCUGAGACACUUUUAAUAUCUGAAGUACACAUGCUUUUGGAACACCGGAAGCAACAAAAUGAAAGUGCUGAAGAAGAACAGGAGUUGUCAGAAGUGUUUCUAAAGACACUAGACUACUGUCAACAGUUUAGUCGUUAUAAAAAUAGAGAAACAAUUGCUGCAGUUAGGAGUUUGCUUAUGCAGAAGAAACUACACAAAUUUGAACUAGCUCAGCUGGCUAACCUUGCUCCUGAAACACCAGAAGAGGCAAAAGCUCUGAUACCAAGCUUAGAAGGAAGGUUUGAGGAUGAAGAACUUCGCCAGAUUUUGGAUGACAUUCAGACACAGCGGAGUUUCCAGUAUGGGGCAGACUAAUGAAACUGUUUGUGUUCCAACUUUCUUUAAAUCAUUGUACAUUAAAAUAAAGUGUCAAGUUUUUAUUCGUGUAUUUUUGUUUCAUUUUUUUAGAUUUUUUUUGUGUUGGUCAAACACUGACUUCAUACCAUUCCCAUGUAAAAGGUUUUUACAUAAUUGAAACAAUAAGCAAUUUUAAACUUGAACCAACUCUCAGCAAGUAAAAUAUAUUAUUUUGACUAGCCGUUUCUCAUUCUUCUAUUAUUAACAAACUUCUUUAAGGAAAUUCCUGAACAGUUCAUAGGCAGUUUGUGUGUUUGUAUAUUUAUAUAUAUAAAUAGAUAGUAUUGUUUGAGAUUGAAAGAAUUAUCAGGAGCAAUAGAUGACUUACUUAACACACAUUGAAAAUAUAUUGGAUGCUCAACAAUAACAUUUCUAAAUUAUCAAUCAAAAGGAUAGUAAAGUCACUUUGUAGCAUUAUCAGCUUUAUGAGAAUGUUUCUUUUUGUUGUUUUUUUGCAUCCAAGUUCUGAAUAUUAAAGUACUUUGAGAGGAAAGAGAAUAUACUUAUCAGAUGCUAUGAGCAUUGUAAAAAAGUUUCACUUAGACAGUUUGAUGCACAAAAAUUUGAGUCACUAAAUUAAUCAUACUUUGAUUCUAAUUUCAGUUACUGUAUUCCAAGAUUGAUUUUUUCAUUAUGUAUAAUCUUGCAAACUGUGGAUGUUUUUAUAUUUAAUUACUAGCUACCCAUCAUGCAGUUGAAUGGCUAAUUCCAAGAAUAAGGUUUAAACAUCUUAAAUAGUUUCCACAAAGAGUAGACAAUAAAAAAUUAUAGUUUGCAAACAUAAUGUAGUUUUGCACCUCAUAUACAGUGGUUUGGAUAAGCUUUUAACCUAAUGUGGCAAGAUGUCUUACUGUAAAUAACCACUGUAUUACUGAUAAAGGUCACUAAGUUUUUGGAAAAAAUUGAAUUGAGUUUGUACUUUUGAUAAGCUCAACUUUGCAUUCUGUUCACAGCUGAUUUGCACACCUCAUUUUUUGUGUUAAUUGGUGUUUAUAAUAUUCCUAAAAGUGUACAAGAUAUACUAAAGUAGUAAGCUCAACCUUGCAUUCUGUUCACAGCUGAUUUGCACACCUAAUUUUUUGUGUGAAUUGGUGUUUAUAAUAUUCCUAAAAGUGUACAAGAUAUAAUAAAGUAGUAAGUUAUUUACAUUA